CCAUGGAGAACUAAUGGACUGAAAGGAUUUGACCGGAGUUGUAAUGCGAGGAAGACGGGUCACCGGUGGUUCGUUAUCUGCUAGAUUCUAAGCUCUUAACACGUUCUCGAUGUGACACCUGAAAGGAAACUGAGAUGAUAGUGUGAGCGGCAAGAAGGAACUCUGCAGGUUGUUUCAAGCAAGGUUAUGGCGGAGAUAGUUUUGUGUCCUCUGCUACAGGUUGUCUUUGAAAAGCUAGCCUCUCGGUUCUUGAAAGAGAUUGCCGAUCGUUGUGGGUUCAAGGAUGAAAUCAAGAAGCUUCAGCGUGCGGUGCGGACAAUCCAGGCUGUGCUUCAGGAUGCAGAGGAGCAGCAAGCUACUGAUAAAAAUUUGAAGUUGUGGUUAAGUGAGCUUAAAGAGGUAGCUUUUGACGCUGAUGACUUGCUUGAAGAGUUUGGGCCGGAGGCUAUGCUGCAAGAAAACGACAGUAGCUUGACUGAGCGGGUGAGCAAUAUUGUUCCCUUUUUGAGACCUUUUAUGACGUACCUGAAGUUGCCUGAAUUAAAACAGAUUAGGGAGGGACUUGAUGUAUUGUUGGAGGAGAGGUCUAACUUCAAGCCCAAGAAAAGAGAUGCCGAUGAGAAGAUUAAAAAUCGACAGAAACGAGAAACUGGUUCUUUUGUGAUUGAAUCUGAAGUUAUCGGGAGGGAAGAAGAUAAAGAAAAGAUAGUACAAAUGUUACUGUUAACUACUGAGAGAAGAGCCAACGAGGUUGUCUCAAUUAUUCCCGUAGUGGGUAGCGGGGCCUUUGGCAAAACCACACUUGCUCAGCUAGUCUAUAAUGAUGAAAGGGUGAUGAGAAAUUUUGAACUGAGGAUGUGGGUAUGUGUUAAUAAUGACUUUGAUGUGAGAGAGAUUGUUAACCUGAUUGUAGAAUCUGCAACCAGGAGAUGAUGUGAUGAUCUCUUGGGGAUGGAUGUUCGUCAGUCUCAACUACGAGACCUAUUAUUCAGGAGGAGAUAUUUGCUUGUAUUAGAUGACGUAUGGAACGACGAUGUGGAUGACUGGGAAAAGCUUAAAAUUUUGCUCAAGCUUGGUGCAGAGGGAAGCAAAGUCAUUGUCACAACAAGAAGUGCCAAGGUUUUAACAAUCAUGGGCACGGUGUCUUCUCACCAUUUGAAGGGUCUAUCCCAUGAUGACUGUUGGGCUUUGUUCAAGCAACGCGACUUUGCACAUGACCAAGAGGACUAUCCAGACCUGUUGCCAAUCGGGAAACAAAUAGUGAAAAAAUGUGGGGGAGUUCGUUUAGCAGCAAAGACACAAGGAGUUUUAAUGCGCUUCAAAAGAGAGCCAGAGGAGUGGUUAUCUGUGCAGGAGAAUGAGCUUUGGAACGUUUGUGAAGAGGAAACUGGGAUACCAGCCCUAAGGUUGAGUUAUAGCCAUUUGCCAUCACAUCUGAAAGGAUGCUUUACGUACUGCUCAAUCAUUCCUAAGAAUUAUGUUAUCAAGAAAGAGAAGUUAAUCCAUCUUUGGAUUGCGGAAGGCUUACUUGAAUCAUGUGAAUACCCCAUGAGAGCAACUACAACACGUGAAGAAAGAAAAUCUCUCGAGAACGUUGGGAGCAAUUAUUUUAAUGACUUAAUGUGGACUCUUUUCUUUGAAGAGGUGAAGAAAAACAGUGAUGGUGAUGUAAUAGAGUGCCAAAUGCAUGAUCUUGUUCACGAUCUUGCAAAAUCUGUUGUUGGAGAAGAGUUUUUUAUAUGUGAACGUGAUUGUCUGCCAAAAAAUCUGUCUAGGGUUCGAUACUCGUCUGUGGUUUGCCAUUCUGAAUCAUGUACUAUUCCAGAAGCCUUGUAUGAAGUGAAGAAGUUACGAACUCUUAUUUUUUUGUUUCCCAAAGGUGGCUCUGGUGAAGUCCCAGACAAUUUGUUCUCACAUUUUAGAAACCUGCGAGUCCUAGAUCUGGGUUAUAGUGGCAUCAAAAGACUGCAAAGCACGGUUUCUUGCUUGAAGCAUUUCAGGUACCUCGGCCUAUCAAAUACCUUUAUCGCAACUUUACCAGAAACCGUAAGUAGCCUCUACAACUUGCAAGUGCUAAACCUUUCAGGUUGCGCUGAUUUAACUCGCCUGCCAAGGGACUUAGCGAGAAUGUGCAUGCUGAGACAUCUGAUUAUAAAUAAUUGUGAAAGGUUACCUUGCUUGCCAGAUGACAUUGGUGCACUCUUUCUACUUCAGACAUUGCCAAUCUUUAUCGUGUCAAACGAGAGUGAUGACUUGAGGCAGUUGAAGAGGCUGCGGCUCAGGGGCGAGCUGACAAUCAGAAACAUGGAGAAUGUGAAAGAAGAAGUUAAUGCAGUAAUCUUGAAAAUGAAAUUCCUUCAUUCACUGGAGUUGUCAUGGGGAGAUGAUCAUGAUGGGCUGAACUUAAAUGUUAGAAAUGAUUUUGCAUGGGGAUUGGGUGAGAAGGUGCUUGACUGCCUGCACCCACCCGAAAAUCUCAAACGUUUGUCAAUAAAAGGGUACCCCGGAAUCCAUUUUCCACCAUGGAUGAGUACUCUUGCACUUCCUAAUUUAACUAAAACAGUGUUGAUCAACUGCAAAAGAUGUGAGCAUCUCCCUGCUUUUGGUAGACUUCCAGUGCUAGAGAUUAUCCACAUGCAUGGAAUGGAAGCUGUGAAGAGUAUUGGCAGUGAGUUCUAUGGAGAAUACACAAACAGAUCGUUUGCAUCAUUAAAGGAGCUAUCCCUCAUAGACUUCCCUAAUUUGGAAUUCUGGUGGAGCAUGAGUGUGGAGGAAGAAUUCCCCUCACUCGUUAAAUUAAUCGUCAGUAAAUGUCCAAGGUUGAUGAAUAUGCCACAACCUUCUUCUCUUAGGCAUUUGGAGUUGCAGAACGGCCAUGAAACGAUACUGAGGUCAGCAGUAAAUGUAACCUCACUUUCUGUCCUCAUUAUUAGUGUUUUCACUGGACAGUUGAUUCUAUUGGAUAACUUGCUUCAGAACAAUGUUCAUCUCAUGUCUCUAACUAUCAGCUCCUGUCCCAAGCUUCACUGCAUCCCUCCUAGUUUGGAGAACCUUGUCUCUCUAAAUUCAUUGACAAUUCUUUGACGUGAGGAGCUCUUAUCUUUGCCACAACAACUGCAAAAUCUUACCUGUUUGCAGUCUCUAGAGAUCAGUGAGUGUCACGGCCAUUCCACUUUAGCCCAGAGUAUAGAUAAAUUAAUUUCCCUCAAAUAUUUGUCUAUUGAGAACUGCAGCAACCUUAGAUCGUUACCAAUUGGACUGCAACAUCUUGGUUCUCUUGAACACUUAAUGAUUAUUUACUGUCCACGUCUGGUGUCUUUGCCAACUGAUUGGCAUAACCUUUCCAUGCUAAGGAGUCUCUGCAUUUUAAGCUGUCCAGAGCUAUCACCUCUGCCUGAAAGCAUUAAACAUGUCACUACACUGCAAAAUCUAGAAAUCCAUGGUUGUCCUGGUUUAAAUGUGUUGCCAGAGUGGGUUGCAAAUCUUUCGCUUCUUAGAUCUUUGGCGAUAUCAGAUUGUCCUAAUAUGACAUCACUUCCAGAAGGCCUUGAGUGCCUGAGCACCCUCCAGCGUCUUUCUAUUCAAGAAUGUCCAAGGCUUGGACAACAUUGCAAGAAAAAUAUAGGUAAGGACUGGCCAAAAAUAGCUCAUAUUGCACAUGUUUACAUCGAAUCACCAGAGCUCAUAAAAGAGAAUGUUGCUAGCAGCUCGUUGCGAUAAAGUAGAAUACAAAACAUCUGGUCAUGCUCUUGGUAAGUCGACUUCAUUCUCCAUAGAAUAAUCCUGAGUUCUGUUAUCUCUGAUUUGUUAUACAUAUAGUUCUGAUAUAAUACCCUUUUGGUUCUGCUAAGUUAUUUCUUUGCCGUUGAGUCAAAUUGGUGCUAGCCCUUCUUUUUCUGCAUACUGGUAGGCGUUACUUACAUAAAUAUAUUGGAAAUGCGCUGAGGCUUCAUCCGGAUAGAAAUAAAUCAGGUACGUAUCGUUUGAUGUUUUGUAGCAUCCAUUAGUGACAUUGUUAACUUGGAAUUUUGAUGCUGUAUUUUAUUGUAUCAAAUUAUUUGGGCAUAAAUCUUCAUAAAAAGCUAACAUGAUAAAGAAACUUGGCCUAGAAAAACAAGAAAGAAAGCUUUGUAUGUCAAAAUAUGGGUCUUUACCACCAAAUUAAUUUGG